AUGUCAUCACAAAUAGAGGACGUGGGCAAUGCAGCCCCAGAAUCCUCUGUCCCGGCAGACUCUAAGAUCAACCACCAAGCCUCCAUCAACUACUGGAGCAGUCUACCAAGUACCAACAGUAACAUGCUAGGCAUGCUCGGCACAUACCCAUGGUACACACGAAUCGAACUACAAGGAUCGAAAAACUUCCUGACAAAAGUCCGGCGACUACUCCCCGCACUCCCAGCAAACGGCAAAUUCAGCCUCGGCGUCGACUGUGGUGCCGGCGUCGGACGCGUGACAGAGGGGUUUCUCAGCCACGUCUGCGAAGUCGUGGACGCGGUCGAGCCCGUUUCAAAGUUCACGCAAGUCUUGUCAGAAAGCAAGAUGAAAAAUGAUGGUGUGGUGGGCGAUAUUUAUACCGUUGGCCUAGAGAAUUGGGUUCCGGAGAAAAAAUAUGAUUUGAUCUGGACGCAGUGGUGUGUGGGUCAUCUCACUGAUGCGCAGUUGAUUGAGUAUAUUGCAAGGUGCCGUACAUCGCUUACGGAGAAUGGGCUUGUUGUUCUCAAGGAGAACUUGUCGACGGAUUUGCAGGGGCUGGAUAUGUUUGAUGAGUUGGAUAGUAGCGUUACCCGGACGGAUGCGAAGUUCAAGAUGAUCUUUGAGGCUGCUGGGAUGGAUGUUAUAAAGUCGGAGAUUCAGACUGGGUUUCCUAAGCAGUUCAAGCUUCUGCCGGUCAAGUCUUAUGCUCUUCGGCCAAAGACUUGA